AUGGAUCCAGACGCCUUCUCUGCAAGUAUGUUCAAAUGGGACCUACGAGGCAUGGCGGUUCCGCCGAGCCGGGUUCAGCUCGAGGCGGCGGCAGUAGCGCCACAACAAGCUGCGGCUGCGGCCGCUGCCGCAGCCGCGGGUUACUCGGUGCGGGGGCCGAGGGAGGUUGUGGGGCUGGAGGACAUGUUCCGGGCGUACGGAGUGAGGUACUACACAGCGGCGAGGAUAGCGGACCUAGGGUUCACUGUGAGCACGCUUUUGGACAUGAAAGAUGAGGAGCUUGACGACAUGAUGAACAGCGUAUCUCAGUUUUUCCGGGUGGAGCUACUCGUCGGUGAGAGGUACGGCAUUAAGGCCGCCAUCAGAGCCGAGAGGAGACGCCUUGAGGAAGAGGACUCGCGGAGGCGCCACUCUCUCUCCGGCGACACCAACGCUAUGGAUGCUCUCUCUCAAGAAGGGCUGUCGGAGGAGCCGGUGCAACAAGAGAAGGAGAUGGUGGGGAGCGGCGGUGGAGCCGCGUGGGAAGUGGUUACGGCGGCGGAGAAGCGGAAGAAGCUUCGGAGGAUUAGGAGAGGAGUAGGAGGGCAUAGGAGUAGUAACGAGGGGGUUGAUGAUGAUGAGGAGGAGGAAGAGAAUGAGGACGGCAUUAAUGGUGGAGGAGGGGAGCACCCGAAUAGGGCAUUAGCAAUGAGGGGUGGUGGGAGAGAGAGACAGAGGGAGCACCCGUUCAUCGUAACUGAGGCUGGGGAGGUGGCACGUGGCAAAAAGAACGGACUGGAUUACCUCUUUCAUCUGUAUGAGCAGUGCCAUGAGUUUUUGACCCAGGUCCAGAACAUUGCCAAGCAGCGCGGUGAAAAAUGUCCCACCAAGGUGACAAACCAGGUGUUUAGGUAUGCGAAAAAGGAGGGAGCAAACUACAUCAAUAAGCCCAAAAUGCGACACUAUGUUCACUGCUAUGCGCUGCAUUGCCUGGACGAGGAGGGUUCGAAUGCGCUGAGGAGAGAGUGCAAACUGCGAGGCGAGAACAUUGGGGCGUGGAGGCAGGCGUGUUACAGGCCUGUUGUGGAAAUAGCUGCAGGCCAAGGCUGGGACAUUGAUGCCAUUUUCAGUGCACAUCCUCAGCUAUCUGUUUGGUAUGUUCCUACCAAACUUCGGCAGCUUUGUCACGCUGAGCGCAACAAUGCCACCGCCUCUAGCUCCGCCUCAGGUGGUAGUGGUACAGCUGAUCACCUGCCUUACUGA